AACGUGGCUUGAGAUCCUACACACAAUACAACCUUCGUUUGACACUACCCAGAUACCGGUUUCCUAUAAACCGAUAGUCAAUACUUUCUUCAGAAUGCCUCCAACCCUCAUACUCAUUCGUCAUGCUCAAGCCCGUCAUAAUGCAACUCAGGACUUUACAAUACCCGAUCCAGAUUUAACUGAGGAAGGUUAUGAACAAUGUGCAGAUCUACGGAAGAAUCUCAUCGAGAACCCGUUAGCUCAACAGGCCGAGCUCAUAGUAGUCUCCCCUUUACGCAGAACUGUUCAAACUGCGUUGCGUAGCCUCGAUUGGCUCAUAGAAAAGGGCGUCAAGGUAGAGGCUGACGCGAGCUGGCAAGAGAAUUCGGCUUCGCUGUGCGACACGGGAAGUCCUGUCGAAAAACUCGUAGAGGAAUUCCCCGCCGUCGACUUCUCCGGCGUUGAUCCGAUAUUCCCAGAUAAGACUUCACCAGCGGCUAGCCAGUAUCAUUUCACCAAGACGGCUAUCUUAGCACGUGCGCAAACCGCUUUGAAACGGCUAUACGAACGCCCGGAGAAGAUUAUCAUUGUCGUUUCUCACUCAGCUUUCUUGAGAGUAGCUGUUUCUGGCUAUUGGUAUUUUAACGCUGACUAUCGUAUCUUCGAUUUUGCGCCUAGGAACGAAGCGAGUGAUUUGUACAAACUCAAGCAACAUGAGUCCACUGAAGUAAAAGGCGGCGGACUUGGUCGAAGCUGGAUUGAUCCCGUUAUUAUGGGCUCGGAAUUACCAGUCGAAGAACCCGAUGCCGACGGAGACGAAAACGGUCGUGGAUAUUAGUAAAGCAUUUUCAACGAUGCAUGCGAGACCCAAGAACGAUACUCAAAUCAUUAGGGCUCUUACUACGGCAAUGCCACUGACUCUUUUUCGUGCUUCUCAUUUCACACUUUAUCAUGAACAUUACGCGGGGGAUCGCAACAAGAAAUCUUCAUGGCGCGCCCCCAUUGUUCUGCUUUUUCUUUACAUAAAUUC